AUGGCAUCGAAAGUUCAUCCUCAGGCGGGUGCCACAAUCACCACUUCAUCGGAAAAGCAACUCUUCACCCUGUGGAUGAAGUCUCUGAUCAUCAACGGCAACGGCUGCGCCGCCUUCGACUCCACCGGCCGCAUCGCCUACCGUGUCGACAACUACGGUCGCAAGUGUAGCCACCGCGUCCUCCUCAUGGAUCUCGCCGGCGAUGUUUUGUUCACAAUUAUCAAAAGGAGUUUUGGUUUGAUGGCGAGGUGGGAGGGCUAUGGAUCGGAUUGUAGGGGUGUCGACAAAGAGAAACCGCGCUUUUGGGUAAGAAAAAUUAAGGGGAUUAAGAUGAUUCUUGGAUUCUUUAAGCGUUUGUCAUUUUACAAGGUUGUAGUAAGAGCGGACAACAUAGACCAUCCUUGCGAUCAAUAUGUUAUGGAACAUCAUAGAUCUAAGCCUUAUUGCCGAAUUAUCGAUGGUUUUGGAAGAACUCUCGCCGAGGUGAAGAGGAAGAGAAGUGAAGGUGGAAUUGUAUUGGGAGAAGAUGUUUUGGCAAUGGUGGUGGAGCCUAAUGUUGAUCAUUGCCUCAUUAUGGCUUUGGUGGUUCUUUUUGGUCUUCUCACUCUAAGAUUGUGA